AUGGAGAAGUUCACUGUACAGUUCCACCCGUGCGAGAACCUGGACAACUACGUCAACAACUCCUACACUUACAGGCCGCUGUACACUCACCACUUCUUCACCAAUGACGACAACAGCUCGGCAAUCCAAUGGGUCAGAUAUGACGUUUAUUACAUCGUAGAUACCUUUGAGCUGUUCAUCAAGGUGUCCGGCCAGCUGUACAUGUCCAAGGACGAGAGUGAGAUCAGAAAGGCGCUGUACGUGGUGUAUAAGUCGAUUUUCACACACAUUCCGGAGCACACACUCAUUUUAGACGAAUCCACAUUCAAACACCUGCUGUACAUGAGGUCAGUGGGAACGAACCGGUUCAUACCGCCCGGGAGAAUCAUCGUUGAGAUUCCACUGGACAACUGCUCAAUAUUCCAGCUGAGGUACUGCGUAUUCGAAGAAAACGCAAACUCGCCCACGAGCAGCAGCUCAACACCAGAGUAUUCGAAGUAUCACGGGAAGAGACUGCCCGGGGAUGACGACGCGUACCCUGAGUUCUCGGACAAGUCGAUAUACUUUAGAAACACGCUCGACAGCGGCCACUUCGACGAGGAGCUGUACCACGAGUGCUACAUGAACAUCUCGCACAAGGGCAACUUCGACAACUGCCUAAUCUACGACAUCGUCAGGCACAUAAACAGGAGCCGGAGGGACCGGCCGCGGCAUGGGAGGAGGGCGUCGUUCGACAGACUCAACUUCUCGACGCCAGAAAACUUCGCGAUCCUGCACAGGAGGUUGGAGUGGUUCUACCACUGGUUCAUCGAGGGCGCCUCGAACAUAAAAACGGACGCCAGGUGGUCAAUAUUCGUCCCAAUGAUCAUCUUCACACACAACGUCGACAACGAGCACUCGCGCACCUCGAACCCAAUCUCGAAGAUGCUGACGUCGAACGAGGAAUUUAAGAAUUCUAUCACGAACAGGGUCGAGGAGAAGAAGGAGGAGAAGGAGGAGAGCAUCAGGCAGAAGAUAAUGCAGCAGCAGGUGGGAGUGAUAUCGGAGCUGGUCAACGUGAAAAACAGGAGGUCGCCGACGUCGAAGCUGGGCAGCUCGAACAAGCGCUACAGCGUCACGAUCCUGGGCAUGGUGACGGCGUACUACUUCUUCACAAUCAACAAGGACAGGCUGCGCAUCUCGCAGUUCAUGAUCUUCCCGAACUACAACGGCAAGGGCUUCGGACUCUGGGUGCUGGAGUUCAUCUACAGGUUCGGCAUCAUGGACACGGGAGUGCGCGAAAUAACCGUGGAGGACCCGACGAGCACGUUCAUGGUGCUGAGGUACAUCGUGGCGCUGAAGCUGUGCUUUGAGUCGACGCUGGUGGACCCGCACAUCCUCUACGGCAACGAAAGGAACUCGCUGCGCAUAUUUAAGAUCUUCGCCAAGGAGUCGUCGAUACCCUCGAGGGAGCACAUCUCCUCGAUAUGCAAGGAGAGCAAGAGCCACGCGGCGAAGCUGGUCGAGAUACUGCAGCUGGCGAACAUCCUGCCGAACCCGAUCUCCACGGAGUUCUUCGUCAGUCGCCACUCGAACAAGAGGCAGAAGAUGAGCAACAUAGACGUGAAGCUGAGCCUGUUCGUGCAGUCGGACAUGUACAUGGACUUCUUCGACAAGCUCAAGAGCAAGAUUAAGUUCGAGGAGCUGAAGACGACGGGCAUCAAGAGCAAGGCGGAAAAGGGCUCCCCGAACAAAUACGUACAUUCAGUAAGUUUGAGUGGAAUGACGCUUUUCAGGUCGACACACUUUUGGACCACAUGUGCAACGAGACGAUAUCGGGAUACAUAA